AUGCCUAAAGUACGCCGUAGUCGUAAACCACCUCCAGAUGGAUGGGAAUUGAUUGAACCGACACUCGAAGAAUUGGAACAAAAAAUGAGAGAAGCUGAGACAGAGCCACAUGAGGGAAAAAGAAAGCAAGAAUCUCUAUGGCCAAUAUUUAAGAUACAUCAUCAAAAAUCUCGAUAUAUCUACGACUUAUUCUACAGAAGAAAAGCAAUUAGCAGGGAAUUGUAUCAGUACUGUUUGAAUGAGAAAAUAGCUGACGCUAACCUUAUAGCUAAGUGGAAAAAAACUGGAUAUGAAAAUUUGUGCUGCUUACGAUGCAUACAAACAAGAGACACAAAUUUUGCCACUAAUUGCAUUUGUAGAGUACCUAAGAGUAAAUUAGAGGAAGGUAGGAUUGUAGAAUGUGUACAUUGUGGUUGCAGAGGUUGUUCUGGA